CUGUAAUCGCAAGAUAAAUGCAAUGUGCUGAUGUAUGGUAAUGUUCAAUAAUACAUUCUCCACCAGGCUCAAUUCAUCAGGGAGUUUCUGGAGGGGAGGCAUUUGUUAUUGGCUGUCUCCGGACCUCAAGGAUAACAUUCCUGUCCUUUCCAUUGGCCGCCCCGCUGCUGCAAGCCUCUUCCCGUCUUAUUUUGAUGAUGAAUAUGAAGGCAUGCUAAGCUGUGCCGGAGAGCAGCUCUCGCCGACUACACUCCCACCCCGGGCUCAAGGGCUCCAGAGCUCCCCGGCUGCUUCCCCUGCCCACUGCCAGCAGCAGCAGCAGCAGCAGCCGCAGAGCAGGAGCAGAAGCAGCAACGCCAAAAGUUGUGAUGCUUUUCUUCACCCAGUGCUUUGGGGCUGUGUUAGAUCUCAUUCACCUGCGGUUUCAGCACUACAAGGCAAAGAGGGUUUUCUCAGCUGCCGGGCAACUUGUCUGCGUCGUCAAUCCAACACACACCCUCAAGUAUGCAUCGACCCGCUGUGCAGCUGUGCAGGCGUCCACGGAGCAAGGCAUCCUUCCUCCCUGCCAUCACCACGAAGCAGUGCACGACCCUCAGCUGGUCCCCUGCACGUGCCCGCUCUUCUCCUGCCCGUGGGAAGGGCAUCUGGAGGUGGUGGUGUCCCACCUGAGGCAGACCCACCGCAUCAACAUCCUUCAGGGCGCGGAGAUUGUCUUCCUGGCCACGGACAUGCACCUGCCCGCGCCCACAGACUGGAUCAUCAUGCACUCUUGCCUUGGCCACCAGUUUCUGCUGGUCCUCAGGAAGCAGGAGAAGCACGAGGGCCACCCCCAGUUCUUUGCCACGAUGAUGCUGAUCGGCACGCCCACCCAGGCCAACAACUUCACCUACAGGCUGGAGCUCAACAGGAACCAGAGGCGCCUCAAGUGGGAGGCGACGCCCAGGUCGAUCCUGGAGUGCGUUGACUCUGUCAUUUCGGAUGGGGAUUGCCUUGUGCUGAACACUUCCCUGGCUCAACUCUUUUCUGACAACGGAAGCCUAGCGAUAGGAAUCGCCAUAACCACCAGCAAAGUUCACAGCUCCGAAGCUGAAAUGUGAUGGGGAGGAGGAAGAGGAGGAGGAACCACAGCAACAACUAUGGUGCUCUAGCUGCCUUCUGAGAGCCAGAACUCGCGGACUUUUUAUGGGGGGGGUCUCGGGUCUUUUAUGGUAUUUAGUACUUGUCCACAGUGGGCAUUAUGUAAACAUCCCGUGGUUACAGUCCCUGUGUCAUGUAUUUACCGUUUUGCUAAUACAAUUUUAUGAGAAAUUUUAAAGAGGCUAAUCAAUUUAUUGUCGCCCUCCAGCACCACUGGAA